UAUUUAGCAUUACCGGCUAUGACAACACUGGUCAGAUUUCGCGCAUUUAUACAAUGCCUUUAUUACCACUCAUCUGUUUGGUUUAAUAACAAGAAGUAUGUGUGACGAACUAGAUAUUUACGAUGAUCUGGAUGACUUCCAGAAAGUUGAAGAUGAGAAAUCUAAAGAGCUACAGGCCUGGGAAACGAAAUAUGCAAACGCGCAAGUUGAGAUUAGUAAUUAUCAAAUGCAAAACAAAGCACUGGAAAAGAAAAUCAGGACUAUGGAGGUAAAUUUCCAAAAUUUGCUCGAUACCGCGAAGGCGGAAAUUAAGCGUAAAGACACAAUGAUCACUCAGCUGCGGAAAGAAAAAGAUGAUAUCUGCUUCAGACGCAAGUGGCCUAACAAAUCUGAGCCAGCUGAGAGUAAUCAGAAGACAGAACACAAGCGUAUCUUAAAGCAGGAGGAAUCGGCUAAAGCUAUGUCCGAUGUGGCAGUCAAAAGUGAGAAGCGAGAAAAAGUUACAAAAGAUGAGAAGGUAACACCGGCUAAACUACAGGAUAAACUUAAAUCGCAGAAAGCGGACUGUGAUAAGAAGGACAAUAGACAUAGCAAGCAACCAAGCUCGAAUAAGUCAUCACAUCAUCGUUCUGUUGACACUUGUCGAAAUCGUGAUCGAAGUAGACGCCGCACUCGGAGCCGAAGUCGAAGUCGGAGCCGUCACCGUGAUUGGAACCGGAGAGAAGCUCGGGAGGAAAAAAGCAGCACUGGCAGCAGCAGGACAAGAAGUACCAAGGACUCAUGCAAGCGUCGUCGUAGUAAUAGUCGCAGUCGCUCGCGUUCAGGUUCCAGUCAACACUCUCACAAUAACAAAAACAGGAAGAACAGUUGCAGUGAUAGUGUCAGUUCACGGGAACGGGAAUCAAAUCUAGAAAAUCGGAAUAAAGCAAAGCUUUCGGAGAUGCAUUCUGGCAAAACAACAAAACAGGUUAACCCCACAGAAGGAACAUUAAAGGAACACACAGCUAAAGUGAACAAAAAGAAUAAGGAAGAACGAUGCGCACCUACUGACCAGCUUACUUUGCAAAAUCCAUCAGCUGAAGAUUCAAAACAAAUAGUCCAAAGACGGAAAACGAUUGAUCACUCUUCAAAUAUAAUUGAUAGCUUUCCGGAAAUAAAUUUAAAAGCCGAGAAUAAUCAAGUGAAUCAAGAUGCUGAGAGGGAUAGCUUUGAGGGUAAACCUAUUGAUAAGAGUGAAGAUGCGUCAUCACGAGGAGCACCAGGAGAAAAUGAGUCGAAAGAUCCUUCUGCAUCUCUUACACAUGCAUCGCUAAUGAUUCCAGGUCUGGAUUUAGUGAAUUGUGAAGAGCACAACAUGGAAUCAAUACGAUGCCCAAAAGAUGCACUUAAAAUUAAAAUAUGUGAGUCAACUGUUAAAAAUUCAGAUCGAACUGCAGAAGAAGUACUGUCGAAAGAUGCUCGAAAUGACCAAGAAGCGACUGAAUUAACAAAUGCUGGGAUAGAAAUUCCUAAUAAAUCAGCGCCCACAAAAAUUGAAUCUGAAGUACCUAAGUCUGAAAUAGAAGAGUGCAAAGAUGCAAAAAUUACUGAUGAAACGCCUAGCGAAUUAAUAAAAGAAGAUAAGUUUCGCGAUAAUGUGGACCAGAGUCUCUUGCCGGAAGAGUCCGAUAGAAAAGAUGAACAAGUUGAGGUUUUCGAUAAAGAUAUAGGGUCUGAGGACUUACCCAUAUUGAACGAUGAUAAACCUCAACCUGUUGAAUGUCCUCUCGCAUUGGAUACAAUGGUAAAUGAUAGCAUUCGAACAUCUGAACGUAAAAACAGCAGUAAAGACUUAGAGGACAUGAAUCUUUGCACCCCUCUAAGGAACGUUUCACCAAUAAUUGAGCAUUCCAGAGAAGAUGAUAUAGCAACGCCUGAGCGCCAUGUUAGCGCCAUGCCCGCAAACUCAGAUAAUGAAGCACUUUUAAGCGAUGUCGAACUACAUCACAGUACACAACCUAGAGAAGUAGCAAAUGUGAUUUCGAUUGUAGAGCCACCUACAGAGAAUAAUAUCUUAACGCAACAGGGAGAAACGCGUUCAGCUACAGGUAUUCAAAUAAUUGAAGAUAUUCGCUUACCUGUUAUGAUGGAUAUUGAACACAUUGCUCUGAGGGUAGAUGGAUUAAACGAAGACAGUCAGGAUAAAAAUGAGAGCGAAUAUGCCACAGAGAAUGCGAAUGUGGAACAUAAUAAGCAGCAAUUUGUUGAAAAAGCAAGAAAAGUCGAAGAUUCGAAUGUGAAGAUUAUCGUAGAUAAGAAAAUUGAACUCGAGCUGGUGGUUACUACGAGUUUGUUGCCAAAACCAGCGAUUGUCGCGUCGACUGUUAUGUAUGCUCAGCCGGAUUCAACCAAAGUUGAUCACAAUGAAGACGAUCAGAACGAAGAAGCGGCGAUUAAGAGUGCAUCAUUACCAGAAGAUACAAGCGAAAAGUCUUUUGACAUAGAUUAUCCAAAUACAAGUCUAGAGGCGGAGAACAUUGAGGUAGCAUUGAAGCACUUACACCAUCAGUCUCAUACAAGUGUCGAAGAACAGCCCGAUGAAGCAACAGUUACCUCCACCUCCAUGAAGACUCCCAAGCAGGAUCUACUGAAGAUCCUAACACAAUCUCCCGUACAACAACCUGCUGCUGCAUCUGGCAAUGCCGUCAGCCAUUAUCCCAAAAAACUGAAAAACAAAAUGAAGAAGACAGGCGUACGCACCGCUAGCGAGAGGACAACUCCAAUCAAAUCUAAAGCAAGUUCCAUAACACCUGAAAAGGGCGAUACGACUCCACUGAAAAAACGUAAAAUUAAUUUAGACCAUAAAGAUGAUGAAAUUGUGCCCCAGACUCCAUCAGAGACAGCAAUAGCUGCGUCUCCCCCGGCUGUGAACGUUACUAUCGAGGAAACUUUGAAUGCAAGUGGCCUGGAACAGGAUAAGAGCUGCGGCAGCGAUUCAUCCAUUGUGACAAAGCGCUGUUCUCUCGGUCAUAGCGACUAUCAAUUCGAGCGAAUUAACGACGAAGUUGUUCUGCGAGUCACGCGACGUGGACGGCGACGACGUGUCGCUCCAUCAGUUGGUAAUGAGAGGUACUAGUUAGUACUACAAUGGCAAUAGACUUGCGCAUGAAUAUUUAUUUAUAUCGUAAUUAGGGUAAAUAAGCAGAAUUGAAUCAAAAAAUGUAUAUAUGCAGAUUUUAGUAUAUUAAAAAUGGGAUGUCAAACAUA